UGAGAAGCGACCGGUUAAGCGCAGAUAAUAAAUGUGCAGUUAUAAUACCAUAAUCUUUGUCCUUGAUCAAGGAGGAGCACUAGCAACUGCAGCUCCUUGAUAGUAACCUAGACCGGCAUGUCAUCACAUAGUAGCAUCUUUCCUCUACAAACACCAGAUUAUCUACUUUCCUUCCAAUUUUCAUCAUGGUAUCCGACAUUUUCCUCCAUUAGCAUCAAAAGCACCAUCAUCCGUCCCCUGAGUCAAGCAUUUAAGGAAUACCUCGACUCGGACGGCAUUUUCGUACCAGAAGGCUCGGAAAACGCGUCAGUUGACGACAAUCACCAUCCGUUUCAGUCCUACUCACUUCCCACUGCCAGUCCCGCAGAAAGCUCUCCUUUGGACCAAGAGGAUGAGGACGACGCCGCAGUUGGGCAAUCCUUCUCCUUCCCCGAUCUAGAUGAGCGGAUAAGACAAAUCAUCAAAGAAUACGGCGCCAUCUUCCCCAAGCUCAAUUUUUCUUCACCAAAGGACGCAUCAUGGGUGCUUCCACCAUCCUCGCCUCUCAAAUGCACAUCUCCAUCAGACGUCUACAUCUUGCUGAAAUCCUCGGAUUUCAUAUCGCACGACCUCAGUAUCGACACGGUCUUCGAGGGAUGCCAAUGCGAUCCCUCGAAUCCGCCAUCAUACCAACUCGAGCUUGUCUUGAGGAAAUGGUAUCCUAUAGACCGGAGUCGCGAGUUCAGGUGUUUCGUUCGUGAAGGCCGUCUUAUAGGGAUAUCACAACGCGAUACGAAUUUCUAUGACUUCAUGAACGAGCCGCAAACACAAAACAAGAUCUUAGAGACGCUUCAGCGUUUUUGGGAGGACAAGAUCAAGUCCGAAUGGCAUGGACAACAAGACUACGUUUUCGAUGUGCUGAUGACGCGUGAUCUGUCUCGGGUACAUGUCCUAGACUUCAACCCAUAUGCACCCCGAACGGAUCCCCUGCUAUUCACGUACGAAGAGCUCUUGUUGGUCUUCACGCAAGGGUCGAGCAUACCCGAGCUGCGUAUCAUCGACUCGCCUUUACAUCCGGUCGCAUCGCGUAACGCACCGGCUCACCAACACAACAUGCUGCCAAUGGAAGCCCUCGCGCUGAGUAGUGGUCGGGACAUUAACGACUUCUCGGAUUUGUGGAAGAAUGAGAUUCAGUAGUCCAUGAAUGACGUCGAUUUUUGAAAGAUGGAACGGAUUUAUUCUAUUCACGUACGGAGAUCUUGAUCAGACUUCGUAUCAUCUAGCCACCCCUACAUUCAGCCACAGCACGCAACACGCUGCCAAUUGAAGUCCUUGCGCUAACUAGCGGUCAAGAGUCAAGACAUCAACA